CGACGUACAGUAUCUGCGGCUGUAAUUCUGGGCUGUGUUGUAGUAUCGUAGCUGAGACAAAAGGGGUUCAGCUCUCGAGUGAGGGAGGAAUCUCAGUCCCGAAAGUAAAAAAAAGGAAAGUGAUUUCCCCAACCAGAAAGGGCAGCGAAUUGACCGUCAAUCAACCUCGGAAACCCAGUCUGUUCGCCCAGAAUGUAUCCGCAGUCAAUUCCGACCAUGGAUUCUGUCGCAAUCCCAAACCCGAUCAAUCACCCGACAACUUUGCAGACACUCCUCGACGUCCUGCUGCGGCCAUGACGGGCUCAAAUCCGCACCUGGUCGCUGCUCGGCAUUGCAUUGCCAAGUUGACGGCGCACAUCGUGUCGCCAUCGCGCGUGGCCGUCCUCGGCAAGAAGGAGCGUGCAGCAAUCCAUGAUGCGCUUUCGCAGUGGAGAAGUCGCACGGCGUCGGCCAGAUCGUGGUUGGCAGCUCAAUAUCCCGACCUAGACUCCAUGCCCCAGUCGUUGAUCCUCGGCAUGAGUGAGCUCGAGGAAGACAUCGAUACCCUGGCCUUUGCAGCAGCCCACAAGGCUCUCGGGAUCUUCCUAGACGUCGCCCAGGUUGUGGCCUGCAGUAAGGCUAAAACUGCCGCAAGGACUAAUGCAGGUCAGCCGCAGCUCCUGCUCUCUAGCUGGGACCACACCGAGGCCGAGCUGCUCCAGAGACUUGAGAAACAACGUGACCUCGAUCGUUUGGGCAAAGGAGCGGAGCUCUUCCGGCGCUUGGUGACCGGAGACUACGGCACCACCAUCACCAAGAUUCGGGCCCGCGUGGAUGCCCUCCAGCUGGGAGCUUGCCAAUUGAGUCCCCACCCUGUGGCGGAAUGCCCGCGCCUGAAGCUUCUGGGGAGGCCCGAACAGCAGCUGCUUGGCGACAUUGCCGACGCAGCGAGCUAUCUCUGGACGGAGUUUCCAGACCCUGCUCAGCUCAUGGCUCGGUACCAGACCGAAACAACGAUGGAUUUACUACUGAUCAAAGACCGCCGAUCCGAAAUCGUGGGCCUCCUCGACGGAAUGGUAGCCGAGGCGCUUGACUGCGCCUGUGAUGUCAAGCUGAGUGGUGCAAGCAAGAUCAGGCCCGCCACAACCCAACGGCCCACGGCCCGAGUCCAAGGUUGGCGUUUUCGACUCGCUGUUCUGGUUCAACUUGCACGGAAAUCUUGGCCGUUGUUGCCAUUCAUGCUGCGCGAGGCGCCCAGUCGGACAAAACUUGGCGAAAAGGAUACCUUGGAGGCAGCCAAAAACAUGCGCAUCUGGCACCGUGUCAGAGCGGUCAUCGUCGGCCGCGGAUAUCGUCAUGCGGCAUUCCUGUUUGCUGUUGCAGUUCUUCUCAACGCAUCUUUCAACAUCGUCGUCGGCGGCUUCCUGGGGAAUGAUCCUGUGGCAGAUAUACGCGUUGCUCUCGCACGGCCAGACCUGCUGUGGUCGGAAACCCUGGAGACACCUCUGUCGUCCUAUGUGUCCUUCCAUUUGCAAUUUGCGUCGCUAGUUCUAAUCGCAAAGAUGGCGAUCUCGGGUAUCCUGACGAUAAACUAUCCAGGGUCGAGAUGGCGUGGUAUGGCAGUCAUGUCUGCACCGUUGUCCGACUUACUCAAGGUUGUCUUGAUGGUUACAACACUCGCGAUAGUACAGCGUGUGUUUUGCCUCGCGAUGCAACUAGGCUCGCUGGGCAUAAUCUUUACGGCCCUCCACGGUAGCAAUCUCAGGGAUUGGAAGCUGCUAAUGGCCAAGGACCUCACGAGUUUCAGCCUCGACCCAUCGUCGUAUUUCACAGCCAUGCACAUAUUAUUCUGCAUCAUCAAUGUCGCAGCCCUGUUCGUUAUUCUGGUAAUGCUCAUCUCAAAGGGCCGCUUCGUCUUGCCGACCAUGGUGUAUGCGGCGGCACGCUGCAUCUGGUACGCCGUCGGCCACCGCUCCGUCGUCUACCUGCCGCUCGAAACCGCCAACUUUUUCGUCGCUGUUGGGUUCGCCAUCCUGGGGGCUCUAAUGCUUCUCGAGGAGUUCUUCCACGAUCCGAUGCGGCUGGAGGCUAGUCGUUGCCUCGGCGUGAUGAGUCGUGAUGCUGCUAUGCUGGCGUACAAGGAGUCGGAACAGCGUGCCCUGCACCAUCGCAGAGAAGACACGCAGUUGCGGGAUCCAAUGCGACAGGCCUUGCCUUUUGCGGACCAGGUUCGAUGGCUUCCGGGUUUCUACCCAACAUAUCCAGAGGUCUUUUUAUCCAUGCUCAAUUCUUGUGGGUAUCCACUGGCCAAAAGUAAGGUUUCUCGUGGUAAUGCAAGAUGAAAAGCUUUUUUUAUUGCAACAAACGUUUUUAUUUUUCACCUCCUUGGUCCAAGUGCGCACUCUGCGGUGCGGAUUUGCCCCUUUCUGUGCCUCAUUUUGUGAUCACACGUCCAGCUGCUCUCCGUCCACUGUACGACAUGCUUCGCGUGAUGCUAAAUUUGAACUCUAGUGAAGCCACGGAUUAGUGGACUGGCGCGUUG